GCGGCUCCAACCGGUCCCAGGCUUGAAAAUCAAUUUCCGCUUUUGUAAGACGCAUACACUGUGAGAAUACGGUCCAGUCUGCCUCCCCCCUCCGGACUAGAUCUGGCUUCCUGGAAGAGACAGCCAGCUUGAGCUCCCCGUUCCGCACUCGCCGCCCACCAGACCCGGACCAGUGGCCGCCGCCAUUGAGCUCCAGCCGGACCGAUCCGCUCUUCAGGUCCACUGGAAAUCUAGAUGGGGAGUAUCAUGAAACUAUAUUACGAGUGGGAAAUCCAGGUGCUUGUGCUCCUUAGCUUCAUGCUGCAAAUGUUCCUCUUCUUCGCUGGCAGCCUUCGCCGGCGUAGCACCAACUCGUUUCUCAGGUUCUUCACUUGGAUAGCUUAUCUGGGCGCGGACUUAGUGGCGGUUUACACCCUGGGCUACCUCUCGCGCCAUGAGGAUGCCACUACCGGACUAUCUUUCUUCUGGGCACCAUUUCUUCUCAUCCAUCUUGGUGGGCAGGACACCAUUACUGCUCUCGCCAUGGAGGACAACAAGUUGUGGUUGAGACAUUUACUGACUCUGUUUAUGCAAGUUGUCCUAGCUUUAUAUGUUUUCUGGAAGUCCAUUGACAAACACGGCGUGGAGCUUCUAGUUUCGGAUGUCUUUGUGUUUGCUGCUGGAAUUAUCAAGUAUGGAGAAAGGGUAUGGUCUCUCAAGUGUGGGAGCUUUGAAACCCUCCAGGGUUCCACUGGACAACAGUACAAGCAACAGGUGCCGGGAGAGGUUGCCGAGGAUCCCUAUUCUCACAUUGUUUGCGCUGUCCUGCAUCGUAUGCCACGUGUCUUUCGAAUCUUUACAGCACGAUCAGGUGAUAGCGGUAACGUUAUCCAACAAACCCCAAGCAAUUGGGUGAAGCGGAUGAGGCUCGAGCUUGGCAUGAUGUACGAUGAUCUGUAUACUAAGUCCUGUGUGCUCAGAACAAGGAGUGGCAUCAUAUUGCGAUGCAUCUCUCAGGUGUCUGUUCUGGUUGCCUUGGUGCUCUUCCUCACGAGCGACAAACGGAGGUACAAUAGAGCCGACAUUGCAAUCACCUGGUCGCUCUUCGUAGGAUGCUUUUUGUUGGAAGUAUGUGCCAUGUUUAUUUUGAUAAUGUCACCAUGGUCCUGGGCGUGGUUGAAGAUGCGAAGGUGCGGCACGCUUGCAAAGUUGUCCUGGUUUCUCCUGUGCAGUGGCAUUGGAUGGCCAGAGAGGAAGCCAUAUCUAAAUUCAAUUGGGCAGUACAACUACUACAGGUGGUUGGAUGCAGGCAGCGACCAGCCAAGGUCAUACAGUCGACGAGCAAUGACCACAGUGAUCAAAAGCUUGGUGAAUUUGGUUGGUAUCAAAGAGGAUAAAAUGUUGUUCUGGAUGAGCAGGUUACUAGACACCGAGCACGUGGAGGCAGAUAACGAGACGAUGGAGUGUGUUGUGAAGGGAAUUACCGACUUCGAUGCUGAAAUCAACAGAGAUCCCCGGCAGUGGCCAAAACUUGGCGGCAUAGUGCAAGAGCUGCAAGAUAUUCGUGAAGAUUUUGGUGGGAAGGUUGCUUUAGUGCAUUUCAUCACAGAGGCACACUUGAGAAAAUAUCCUCCUUCGGACAUGGAGACAGACACAGGUACCAGCUGCAGUGUCUUGGUGGAAGUAUGCCCGAAACUAUCCAACUACAUGGCAUACCUUUUGGUUACCCACCCUUCGCUGUUGCCGCUCAAUGACAGCGCCUUAUAUACGCUGGAGAAAAUGGCACACUUGUUUCCACAUCUUAUAGAUGAGCAGCAGGAUUCUGAAGGUUUCUUCAACAUCGAGCCAAGCAUGGAAACACUGCAGGAGUUGGUAGACAUAUGGACCAAGCUGCUCAUCUAUGCGGCCACCAAGUCCCGGCCGGAGCUGCACGCGGCGCACUUGGCCAGAGGAGGGGAGCUUAUCACCUUCGCCUGGCUGUUCUUGAGCCACAACUUUUUGGGAGAUUCCGAGGUGAUCAAGGUGCAGCUUACCAAUGCCAAUCAGAGAGGGACGAUAGCAUACGUCUUCGGAAAUCCUGCCCCAAGAUAAGAGCAUCAGAUCCAACACAAGCCCUGCAGAGUGCAGACUCCUCUGUUCUUCAUUCGAUCUGAUUUUACUCCUCUUCUGUUUGCUCUGGCGCAUCUCACGACGCAAAACAGUACUGAAGUCUAUACAGUAUCGCAGCUGACAUCUAGAGGUAUGUGACAUUUAUUUUUUUGCAGUAAUGGCAUCACUUCAAAACUGAUGUAUUUGAGCGAAUAGGCAGUGCAAAAACACCAACCGCUGUAUUACUACAUUCCUUUGUUGUGGUAGCAUCAUUUAUACACUGCAGCUACAAUUGGGAUCCUUAGCUGUUACUGUACUAACUGAAGCCAGAAAAAGAACUUAAUCUCUCCAUGUGGGCAGAAUAGGAACUGAGAAGCCAGAAAAAGGCUACUGUGUGAGAUAAGUCAUAUUUGUAUGGAGCAAUUCAGGCUCAAAGUUUAUAACCCACCCUAACUAAUUAACACGGCUGAUGUGUGAAAUGAUCCCAAAUAACGCCACCACUGUUCUUUCCAGAUAGCGUCACAUUCUCUGGCUGUUCUGAGAUCAAGAGAUUCCACAGUAUGAUCAAACAUGGUAACUUAGAGUUUCCGUUUGAACCCUCAGAAGCUGCUAGGUGACAAAAGUCUAAAACACUGGAAUAGAGUAAGUAUCAUCCUCACAAACUUGUUCCAUUUUUCUCUAUCUCAAGAAAAGCAUCAUCAUGUCCCUGGCAAUCACAAAUAAUUCUAAGACCAUCAUAGUACUCCAAAUUACAGAACAGUUCUGCAACUUAUGACUGGAUCUUCGAAGUCAGGUCACUAUUAGGAGGAGCUUAUAACAUGACUGGAUCUUUGUAGUCAGCUCAUUAUCAGGAGUAGCUGCAAAACAUGAUUUGGGAUGGUGAGGGUAUAGUGGCAGAGUUCAUUUAUCCCAGAGCUGAGACGGAGCUCGCUUGUUAAGGCUACAUUACAAUUGGCCAAAUGGAGUGUGGUUUGUAGGCCGAAAGACCAAGGUGGCCUUGGAAUUCAUGACUUGCAAAUCAAGAAUGAGGCCCUACUUAGUAAAUGGUUGUUCAAACUUCUUACUGGGGAUGGUGUUUGGCAAACCAUGCUGCGCAACAAGUAUCUAGGCCAAAAGGCAGUGUCUCAGGCAUAUUGGACACCCGGCGACUCGCACUUUUGGGCUGGCCUAAUGGCGGCAAAGAAACAUUUCUUUCGCUUUGGGUCUUUUGCGAUAAGGGACGGGUCGGAGGUUCGUUUCUGGGAAGACAUGUGGCUAGGCAAUGCUAGUCUUCGAGAACAAUAUCCAGCCUUGUACAACAUUGCUCGCGAAAAGAAUAAUACUAUUGCACAAGUGCUCAGUUCAUCCCCACCCAAUAUUUUGUUUAGGCGGGAUUUGAUUGGCCCCCGACUUAUGUCAUGGCACAAUCUUUUAUCCCGUCUGGAUUCGAUUAAUAUUAGACAAGGCCGGGAUGUGUUUCACUGGAACCUUACUACAUCAGGGUCAUUCACAGUAGACUCUAUGUACCGUGCACUCAUGCAUUCUGAGGUACCAGUGAGUAACAAUAAGAAAAUCUGGAAGUCGAAGAUUCCACUAAAAGUUAAAAUCUUCAUGUGGUAUCUUCGUAGGGGAGUUGUUCUAACCAAAGACAACCUCGCACGAUGCAACUGGCCUGGGAGUAAGAAGUGUUGUUUUUGUACUCAUGAAGAGACAAUCAAACACCUCUUUUUCCAAUGCAACUUUGCACGUACUACAUGGUCAAUCAUCCAAAUAGCGUCAAAUUUAUAUCCGCCCACAAGUGUCGCCAAUAUUUUUGGUCACUGGUUGGACGGUAUUCCAAAUAGAUUCAAAACGCUAAUACAGGUGGGAGCAUACACCUUACUAUGG